GGAGGUUGCCAGGUUAGACUAGAGAGGUGCUAGAUGUCCAUCUUCUGAAGGCAGAAUGGUCAGGCCAGGCUGUCCAGUCAUUCUGCUCCACCUCUUCAGCAUAUUUGCACAGACAGGAGCAAGGACUCAGGAUAUCCUGUAUCCAUAUGGACCCGACCAUAGGGAUCUAGAGACCCCUAAGAUGGAUGAUGGGAGUUCUCCGGAAAUUAUUUUGCUCAUUCCCUUCAUUUUCUUCAAUGUCCCCUACCGUUCCAUCUAUGUCAACAACAAUGGCGUGAUCUCCUUCAACGUGCAGGUCAGCCAGUUCACACCGGAGGCUUUCCCCCUGAGUGACAGCAGAUCAUUCAUUGCUCCACUUUGGGCAGAUGUGCACAACGGCAUCCGCGGAGAUGUCUACUACCGGGAGUCCACUGAGCCGGAAAUACUGGAAAGGGCGACACAAGAUGUCCGGAAGUACUUCAAGAACAUGCCCGCCUUCACCGCUACCUGGGUCUUUAUUGCAACGUGGCACCAAGUCACCUUCUAUGGUGGAAGCCAGACAACCCCAGUGAAUACAUUCCAAACUAUACUAAUCUCAGAUGGCGUAGCAUUCUUCAGUAUGUUCAACUAUGGAGAAAUCACAUGGAGCACAGGAACAGCCAGUGGUGGAGAUCCUUUAACAGGACUGGGUGGGACAACAGCUCAGUCAGGUUUCAAUGGUGGAGACAUUGGUCACUUCUUCAACCUGCCGGGAUCACGGUCAAAUGAUGUAGUGAACAUCGAACAGACAACCAAUGUAAAUCUUCCUGGGCGCUGGUUCUUCCGUGUAGACACUGAACUGAUAGAUCCUGCCAAUGGCUGCAGCUACAAUGGGCGUUAUUACAGACGAGGGGAAAUCUUCUGGUUGACCGAGCAGUGCUCACAGCGAUGCCGGUGCUUGGACAUCAACAAUGAGGUUCAGUGCCAUGAAGCUCCUUGCGGGCAGCUGGAGACCUGCGAGCAGCAGGAAGGGGCCUUUUACUGCCAGCCGACCCGCACCAGCACAUGCGUGGUAUUUGGCGACCCUCAUUACCACACCUUCGAUGGCUUCCUCUAUCACUUCCAGGGCACCUGCUCCUACCUGCUGGCUCGGCCCUGCUGGGAGGUGGCUGGGCUCCCCUUCUUCAGUGUGGAGGCCAAAAAUGAGAACCGUGGGGUGGCCUCUGUUUCCUGGCUCAGAGAUGUCACAGUGGAGGUGUACGGUCACCGAGUCAUGCUACCCAAAGGCAGUUUAGGAACAGUCCAGGUGGAUGGCUUGAUGAAGACUUUACCCAUCCAACUCCAGCUUGGUGCUGUCAGGAUGUAUCAGUCUGGGGUUGCUGUUGCUUUAGAAACCGACUUUGGACUCUUGGUAACUUAUGACGGCCAACACUAUGCAUCCAUUUCCUUACCCAGCUCUUACUUCAACAACACUUGUGGUCUUUGUGGUAACUAUAACGAUGACCCGGCUGAUGAUCCCGUACUACCUGAUGGCUCUAUAGCAGAAAGCGUGGUGGAGCUGGGGGGCAGCUGGCGAGCAGAGGACACAGACUGGAGGUGUACAGAUGGCUGCGCCCAGAACUGCAGCGUGUGUGACCCUGUUACAGAAGCGUUCUACUUUCGCUCAGACUACUGUGGGCUCAUCAACAAAACUGAUGGACCGUUCAGGGACUGCAGAGCUGUAGUGGACCCUACAGCCUUUGUGUAUAGCUGUGUAUAUGACAUGUGCAGCAACAGGGAUAACAUCACCACACUCUGCCAGGCUAUCCAGGCCUAUGCUCUAGCCUGUCAGGCCCUGGGUGUCACGAUACGACCCUGGAGAUCUCGCACCUUCUGCGUGUCAGCUUUGUCAUGUCCGGAGUACAGCCAUUACCAAGUGUGCACAACUGCCUGUCCAGCCUCCUGCUCGGACCUCACCGCUCCCCUGUAUUGUGCCCACCCUUGCACCGAGGGCUGCCAGUGUGACCCAGGCUAUGUUCUCAGCGGCAGCCGUUGUGUACAGCGCGAAGACUGUGGCUGUGAGCAUAACGACCACUAUUACCCCCUUAAUGGCACUUUCUGGGCGGGCCCCAGCGGUGAAGAAGGAGAAUGUACCCUCCACUGCACCUGUGGGCCUGCUGGAGAAGUCUCCUGCUUCAAUGAGUCCUGUAAGGAGGGUGAGGUGUGUGUGGCCGAGGUGGGCAUGCUGGGUUGUUACCCUCAGAGGGAGGGCGUGUGCUCAAUCACCCAGAACUCAGUGACAUCCACCUUUGAUGGCACCUUCCUGCUAUUCCCAGACGACAGCUCCUUCUACCUGCUGAAGCUGUGUGGUGCAGUGCCAGCUAAUGGCUCGAUGGUGGAGGUAAAGAUAGGCAGGCGUCUGGUCAACAAAGGCCCUGCCUGGAAAAGACCUGUGGUAGUUACGGUGGCUAACCUGGAAGCUCAGAUGGGAGGGAUGGAUUUUGAAAUAGUAAAGGUAAAUGGUGAACAAGUGGCGCUUCCAUAUGUCCAUCCAAUGGAAACAAUGAUGAUCUACAGAGCGCCAGGCAACGCUACAGUGGUGGAGUCCCGUGGUCUGCUCCGUGUUCACUACACCCGACAGGGAUUCCUCAACAUCUCCCUCUCCACCCUCUUCUACAAUGUUACUUGUGGUCUGUGUGGUGUCUUCAAUGGCAAUGCCACUGAUGACCUUCGCUUGCCUAAUGGACGCCUGGCGGAGUCUACUGAACAGUUCACAGAGGGAUGGCGGUCCAUUGCUGAUGACCUCACCUGUAAUGGGGACUGUGAUGACCUGUAUCGCAUGUGCACAGACCUGCGUCUCUACCAGAGUCCGUGGAUGUGUGGCAACAUCAAUGACCCGGGGAACAGUUCGUUUCUGGCGUGUCAUGCAGUGGUCAAUCCCUCGCCAUUCUUCAGGAACUGCUUGUACAACAUGUGUGUAAAGGAAGGGAACCGUUCGGCUCUGUGUUCUUCACUGCAGGCCUAUGCCACCGCCUGUCAGGAUGCCCAGGUCGGCCUCGCUUCCUGGAGAAGUGCCACCAACUGCCCUCUCCCCUGUCCAGAGAACAGUCAUUUUGAUGAGUGCACCAGCGCCUGCCCUCUGACCUGUGCCAACUUGGAUGAACCUGAAGAGCCGUGUCCACUGCCAUGCCAAGAAGGGUGUCAGUGUGAGGAAGGCUUUGCACUGCGGGAUGGCCUGUGUGUUGCACGCAGUGACUGUGGCUGCGUGAGCCACGGGCGCCAGCUGGCCACUAAUCAGACUUUCUGGACAGACUGGGAAUGCCAAGAGCGCUGCUACUGCAAUGGCUCUGACAACAGUGUAUACUGUCAGCUCGCACCCUGUCACCCUGAGGAGUACUGCCAGGAGAGUGAUGGCCUGUAUUUCUGCCAGCCACGCACUGAGGCCCUCUGUGGGGUCGCCGGUUAUGGACAUUUUCUGCCAUUUGGUGGCGUACCAUUUGAGCUGCAGAGCUCUUGUACUCUUAGGAUGGCCACCACCAACUGUGGGAGGGAGAAUGGGGACUAUGCAGCCAUCACUGGGGCUUUUCCCGAAUUCAAACUGGCAGCUCGUAAUGAAGAAAGGGAUACAGGCCAGGCAAUUUGGGUCAGGGGCUUUGUACUGGAGGUCUAUGAUUAUGAGAUUGAAGUCUCUCGAACCUACAAAAACACUGUUACGGUGAAUAAGGAACGUUUGUACAUUCCUCUGAAGCUGGGCCCAGGAAAGGUCAACAUCUUCACCUUGGGCAUGCAGCUCAUACUGGAGACAGACUUUGGCCUGAAGGUGGCCUUUGACUGGAACACUCUCCUCCUGCUGACUUUGCCCCGCGACCUCUACAACACCACCUGUGGCCUCUGCCAGGGCAUGCCCUUAUCUCCACCCACCCUCACCACCACAGACUGGGGCAUGGCCUGGGCAGAGAGGGACACCUUCUGCCAGGUGGGCUGUGGGGACUCCUGCCCGCGCUGUGGCCUGGGAGAGAAAAGCCCUGAGGCCGUGAGGCUGUGUGGGCUAAUUGUGGAUCGAGGAGGUGUGUUUGCACGCUGUCACAGCAAGGUGGCGCCAGCCUUCUUUUAUCAAAGCUGCCUGCAGGACACCUGCCUGGACCAGGGAGCUCAGGAAACAAUCUGUAACUGGCUGCAGAUCUAUGCCAGCACCUGUCAGACCCAGGGAGUGCCUGUUACUGGCUGGAGGAGUGACACACCAUGUGUCCAGAGCUGUCCACCUAACAGCCAUUACUCCAGUUGCAUGUCGGUUUGCCCGCCCCAGUGCGCCCCAGCUCGUGGCCAGAGGGACUGCAGCCAGGACUGUGUGGAGGGCUGCCAGUGUGACCAGGGCUACGUGCUCAACGGCAAGAGCUGCAUCCUGUCUCAGAACUGUGGCUGCUACACCGAUGGCAAGUACUAUGAGCCCAAACAGCUGUUUUGGAACAGCGACUGUACCAAACGCUGCCAGUGCAUCGGGCGAAACCUGAUCCAGUGCGACCCAAGGCGCUGUAAGGCAGAGGAAGAGUGCACGCUGCGGUACGGAGUGCGGGGCUGUUUUGCGCGACGCUCCCAGCACUGUGUGGCAUCGGGUGGUGGGGUCUUCAGGACCUUCGAUGGGGCAUCGCUGCGGCUCCCGGCCUCUUGCUCCUUCGUCUUGUCCACCAACUGUCACAAGCUGCCCGACCUCUCCUUCCAGCUCAUCGCUAACUUUGAUAAAUGGAGCACACCCAACCUCACCACCAUCUCUCAUGUCUACCUUUACAUCAAUGAGGAGAAUAUACUCAUCUCUGGCAGCACUAUCAAGGUCAAUGGUACACCGGUGUCAGUACCAUUUCUAACAGGGCUUAUGACGCGUCUCACCACAUCCGAAGGUUUCAUUGUCAUCGACACACCUCAGGACAUCCAGGUUCGAUACAACCGCUUCAACACCCUUAGCAUCACAAUGGGCCAGCGGCUUCAGAACAAGGUGUGCGGACUUUGUGGGAAUUUCAACGGAGACCCCAGUGACGACUACAUCACCUCAAGAGGCAAGCCGGCUGUCAGCGCCCUGGAGCUGGCCCAGAGCUGGAAGACCAACGGUAUGCAGAACAGGUGGGUGAGGCCUAGCUGUGAUGAGACCCAGUAUGUGGCUCUGGCCCAGUCUUGUGACAACACAGCGGUGCUGGCUCUGCAAGGUGAAGAUGCCUGUCAGAAGCUCACCCAGCUGAAGGGCUUCUUCCAGCCGUGCCACGGCCUGCUGGAUCCCCGGCCCUUCUACCAGUCCUGCUACCUGGACGGCUGCUAUAAUCACCGCAAGGCUCAGGUCUGUGGCUCGCUGGCAGCAUACGCCGAGGCCUGCCGUUCCCUGGGCACCCUCACCACCAAGUGGAUCACCCAGGAGAACUGCUCAGAAUGGAUCUAUGACCCCUGUGCAGGAGAGAUCUGCACAAACUUCACCUGUGAGCUGGAGAACGGAGGCGACCUGUGUGGCUGUCCAGAAUUACCCACCAGCACUGGAGCUGAUGAUGACAUUAUCCAGGCAGAGGUGACCUGUAAACACGCUCAGAUGGAGGUUUCCAUCUCCAAGUGUAAGCUCUUCCAGCUGGGCUUUGAACGAGAGGACGUCAGGAUCAACGAUGAGCACUGCGCCGGCAUCGAGGGAGAGGACUUCAUCUCCUUCCACAUCAACAACACAAAGGGACACUGCGGCUCCAUCGUGCAGUCGAAUGGCACACAUAUUAUGUACAAAAACACAGUCUGGAUUGAGAGUGUCAACAACACCGGGAACGUCAUCACCAGAGAUAAAACCAUCAAUGUGGAGUUUUCCUGUGCCUACGAACUGGACCUGAAGAUCUCGCUGGAGACUGUCCUCAAACCCAUGCUCAGUGUGAUUAACCUCACCUUACCAACCCAGGAAGGAAACUUCAUCACCAAGAUGGCUCUGUACAAGAACUCCUCGUACCGGCAUCCGUACAGGGAGGGGGAGGUGGUGCUCAGCACACGGGACAUCCUCUUCGUGGGCGUCUUCGUGGAAGGGGCAGAUGAAAAUCAGCUCAUCCUCAUAGUGAACAUGUGCUGGGCCACACCGUCCCGCUACAGCAGUGAUCGGCUCCGCUAUAUCAUCAUAGAGCGGGGGUGUCCAAACAUCAAGGACAACACCAUUGGCAUGGCAGAGAACGGCGUGUCGCUCACCUGUCGCUUCCACGUCACCGUCUUCAAGUUCAUCGGGGAUUACGAUGAGGUCCACCUCCACUGUGACGUCUCCCUGUGCGACUCGGACGCAAACGCCUGCAAAGUGAACUGUCCACACAAGAGAAGAAUGUACUCAGAGGACAGCGACCAUAAAGAGCACAUUCUCACUGUGGGACCAAUAAGAAAGAGAGAAUCGGACUGGUGUGAGGACGACAAUGGAGGCUGCGAGCAGAUCUGCACCAGUAAGGGAACUGGGCCGGUCUGCAGCUGUGUGACUGGGAUGCUGCAACGAGACGGGAAGAGCUGUCGGACUGUGAGCUCGAGCUGUAACGUUACACCCGUGGUUCCUCUGUUGAUCGUCAGCGCUGUGAUCUCCGUGUUCCCGGCUCGUAUUCGUACUCCUCUCCUCUCCUAACGCCCUGUGAGCAAAGGAGGGCAACAAACACAUAAAAGACUUGAAGAUGCACAAUGUAUCAGCUUCGAUUAGCCAGUAGAUCAGCCGCGUGACAGUCAGAAAAUCUAGACAGAAUACGCUGUACGUUCACAAAUCUCUGAAUCCAAAAGUCCUGUCGAAACUCAUAAGUUUCUCCCCUCUACUUUAUGUUGUGGGAUUCCUCAGCUCCACUUCCUCCAUUAUUUACAUACAUGAGGACGCCCUAUCAUGUAUUGUCAUUCAUUUAAUCCACUUCUUUCAGAAAAUUCUGAUGGUUUUCUGAUCUAAGGCCACAGUGUCCUCUUUAACACUCCCGCUGGAUGAUGCCAGAAAAUUUUCUAAUCCUUCACAGUCGGUUUAAUAUAUGUUUAACAUAUUAAAGUCACAUGGUUGUGAUUAGGAAAAUGACGAUGGCUAAAUAAUAGAAAAGUCAGGAAACCCAGGAUGCUGGUGUGGAAGAUAAAUACUAUUUGCAUGAUGAACAUAACAAGGAGACAGGGUGGCAUUGUCAUUAACGCCUGACCACAGGCCUGUGUGUUUACACCUGGUAUCAACAAGCGUUCUCAUUAUCUGGAUUGUGCCGUCACUGUGACUGGCUUUCAAUAUGCAAAUAUUAGUUAAGUGGAAACACAUAUGUGUCAACAAACAGCAUGCAUGUCAGGUAAAGGGCAGCCCUGCACGGUACUCCUACUGAGCUGCUAUCACACGAAAACUUCUAAAUGUCUUCAGAAAUCUGAAGGUAUUUGUAGGUUACUUUUUCCGAAUCCAGAUUAGGUGACAGGGAUUAUUACCAGAUCUGCAUGUCCUUUCAACAUCCUGCUCUGAUCGCGUCUGGAAUUGAAAUAGUGUGUGAAUAUAAACUCCCCUGACUGUCUGUUGGAUGGUCGAUCUACUGGCUACGUUCAACCAGAGCAGAGCAGGUUACCUUUCUAAACAAACGAAAUCUACAUCAGCUUGUGGUAGCAAAAGGGAUAUAAAUUACGUAAAACUCCAUGACAGGAUAUAGCAAAUGCAAACACUGGCACAGAGUGCGUUAAUCUAGGAUGUCAAAGUGGAGUUUACGAGCGAAGCGAGUAUUUAUGUGUGAAGAGAGCACCUUGUGAAAUGAACAGUCUUAUAUUUUAAGCUCACAUCUUAGUGUCAUAGAUUAGUGCCCCAGUUGUGCUGUGGCUGCAAGAUAUGCAAUCAUUAUUGUGCCAUUAAAAUAUUCCUUAAUCAGUUACAGGUUUCUCGUGCCAUUGCAUGUAUUUUCUAACACCACUCCCAUACACAAUGACGGCUGGCCCUGACUGAUUCUGAACAUCAGUUUGCCUGUAGGAUGGAGCAAUUAUUGGAUUCUCUAAGUACAGUCCCCUGUCAAUUGCGUUCUAUUUGGCACCUUAUGUGUUAUAAAUGUCCUUGCGUUGCCACAUAUCUUGUGUAAACCUUCAGUGUUCUUUACUGAAGCCAGCUGAAAUUCUCAAUUUUGCUUUAGUUAAUAGUUAUUAGGUCUGUUUUGCUACCUUCUAUGUACAAAUGUACAGUCCAUGUCAGUUUGGUGGUAUAUGUCUUGACUGUUUUUAAUAAUCAAUAUCAUUUUUUUGUGUUUAAAAACAUGACCAAAAGAUGUUUUAUCCUUUGAGAGCAGC